AUGGACACUGAUAUGCACGAGAUUGUUGCACAUGAGCAGUCAAGAGUGUUUGUAGAUGCUACAAAUGAUUCUAUCUCGACUAUUGAACGAGAUGACCCAGCAAUUGACGACGAGAGUGAGGAAGCUGUUGCCACUGAUGACGUCGACCAGUCGUCGUCUGCUUCGACAGAUGCUAUGGUCGAAUUUCUCCCACUUUCUUCCGAGCAGGUUGAACAUGACGCUUUUCUAGUGCUCGUCGUGUUGCAACCUGAUUCUUUGCGGCAUCGAGUGAUGGUCACGGCUCAGACAACUGUUGCAAAGUUACGGCAACUUCUUUGCACCGAUUUACAGUUGGCCCCCGAAUCUGUGACUUUUCCGGACUUUUGUCGAUUGCGUGAUAAUGAAAACAAUGUACUGCUAUCUUCUCUUGGGAUUCAAGCCGAGUGUACCAUCGAAGCUUUUGUAGCGAAAUCACCCAUUUCAAACGAUUAUAUUAUGCCUGAGCGUUUGCAGGUUCAAGUUUACAAUGAGGAGACGAAGUGUACCACUUGGAUAACCGUAAACAUUGAAAAGUUUGUAGGUCGCAAAGUGUACCUUGGAGGGUACAAACAUCGAAAAACCUUGCAACUUUAUCAUCAUGCUUCAACGCAGACUGAUAUACUUGAACCUCGUGGUCCACAUGGUCCACUUCGUUAUCAUCGAGAUACUCAGACGCAGAUCCUCGUCACAUGCUCAAUUCAAACAAAACGUGAGUCGGGAACGCAAAUGUCUCGUCGGGAUCUUAAACUUGAUGAAGCAUUUGAUUAUCAGAUUACAGCACAUCCAUAUUUUGAUUCGUAUCAAUUCGAAAGUCUUCGAGAAGAUUCCGUGCUUGUUAUUCAACGAAUGUGGCGAGGAUAUCGAGCUCGAGAUCUUGUGUUUUCUAUGCUUGAGCAACGUCGUCGAAGUAAAGAAAUCAAGACUUUAACUAGUUUAGAUGCUCAAGCGGCAGAAAAGAGUCGUAAAGAACGUCAAGUCACUCGUCGGAUGCAUCCAAACUCUGUCAAUGAUUUUGAAAGUCUGUACAAUGAGUUAGCAACGUGGCGUCAGCAUGAAUGUCAAAAAGUUCGUGCACAAACUCAUUUAGAUCAGAGUGAUAAACAACGUGCAAUUGAUGGAAUUUUAAAGAAAGAGACCAAGUUACUUCAAACAAUUGACCGUUUAAAAGUUACAGCUACAGAAGGAAAUCGAAAUCAGCAAAUUGAAUCGAUGAUGCAGUUUAUGGCACGUCCAAAACUAUGGCAAUUGAGUGAUGGUGGGAUUCAAAACGUACACACACCUUUUACUAUCCGUGCAAAAGAAUUAAUGGAUUUGUAUCAUGGUCUUCGGACUCCACUCCAUUCGGUUGACGAACGUUUAGACAUGUUACUUCAUAUCAAGUGGACAGUUCAAGAAUUUGAUUGUCCUUUGACACGUGAGAUUAUCGAACUUAUUGAUCGUGAAGCUGAUAUGCUUCAUCGUGGACGGAAGGAAAAGAGUUUCGAAGGUUUGCGGAAACGUCUUACAAACCUUUUCUUACAAUUUCUUGAGACACCUGAAUUUAAUCCAGAAGCGACCGCACUUAAGCCUGCGCGUACUUAG